GCUGAACUUAACUGGGUUACAUUCAGAGCAAAAACAACUGCAUUACCGACGUUAAAUCGCCAAAAAUUGCCGUUUAUUAUUUUUUAGAAUUUGUGCAAUAAUCAUGAUCCAUUCUCCUUAGGACGGUGUCUAUUCGCAAGGUAUGUCCUCCGGCAAAAAUAUCUGGCAGGCUGCGGCCACCGGCGAUCCUGUCGCUCUGCAACAGUGCCUUCAGCGUAAGUCUAACAAAAACAAGACGAUUAAAGUAGGCACCUUCCGGGAUAAUCACAAUUGGACUUUGCUGCAUCAUGCAGUGGCCAGCAGAAGCGAAGAGUGUGUAGAGCUGUUGAUAUCGCGAACAGAUAUUGACGUGACGGCACGUUGCUAUGAGGGCCGAACUGCGUUGUUUCUAGCUUGUCUGAAAGAUGUACCGACCGAAAUUGUGGAGCUGCUUCUUGCCAAGAAUUCAGCGCUCGUCAACGUAGCUAACAACGAGAACGUGACGCCCCUGCAUGUGGCUGUGGAACGUUGUAAUGUACCUCUAGUGGAACUGUUAGUGGCCAACGGAGCGAAUGUAAAUGCUACGGAUUUCGCCGGCGAAACACCAUUGCAUUCGGCUGUAGAAUUUGGUAGUGUAGAAAUUUUGAUUUAUCUACUUUACAUAGCUCGAGCGGAUGCCUCUGUUCGCUCAGAGAACGAUGUCGACACAUUGAGUUUGUUGGCUGCUCGAGGGAACUACGACAUGAAAACCAAAGUGGCUUGUUUCAAGAUACUUUUCAAUCACGUUAACAUCAAACAGCAGUACCAACAGAAAUAUUUACUAGAAGAUAUUUAUGCAAUAGCGCUUCUUAGCUAUCGGUCUACAUCGCUAAUUCCAUAUUUCGUUGAAACUGCAUUAUUGUGGGAGAAGAACCCCAGUAAGUGCCGGCUAGCUAGAGAGUUACUUGAAGGACCAAAUGAUCAGUAUUUGACAAGCAGAUUUAGUGAUCGGGUUAAUCGCAAUCUGUACCACUUUCUUGCCCUACUGCUUGCAGAUGACGAGGGCAUUCGACGACUGCAGGAUGAUUUCAUGAAUUACGAAGUCAUAUACAGCCACUCAUUAAUACAGAACGAGCUGGUAGCUUUGAGCGUAGCUGCGAUUCGUGAGAAUGACAACGAGAAAAAACUACGCAUGCUGCUGGAAUAUCUCGACUUUGUAAAACAUCUUGCGUACUUCUUCUCGGAUCACUUAGCCGAGACCAUGGAUAUGAUAAAAAAUGCCCUAAUAAUUGAUGAAACGGAUCAGAAUGAAAUUAUGAGCACGACUGAACUUAUGCGAUACAAAACGAUCGCGAAUAAAAUAAUCGACAUCACGUCGAUUGAAGCGGAUUCCGUUCUACUAAGGAUGACGUCAUCCUCGACUGAUUUAGAUUCGCAGUGGAAGUUCUUCGAGCCAAUCAUCAGUUUCUGUACUGAUGUGUUUAUGAACGAACGGUGGCUCACGCCUGCUAAUCUGGAGAAAACCAUGUACUCGAAGCUUCUCCUCAAAUACGGAACACUGGCGAUAGUGCAAAAUUGCGAAGGAUUCAAGUUUGAACAAUUUUCUCUCCUUAGACAGUCCAGGGACACGGUGCGAAAAGCGGUAUGGCACUCAAUUGAUGAAGAUGAACGAAAAAGAGAUCUUAUUUUCGUGCGACGACUGGAGGAUUUGGAAAUUCCAAGGAAUUUAAUCCGUUAUUUGAGAUACACGUAGAUUAGAGUACUUCCUAUACUGGCUAGCAUGGCAAAUCAGCCCCAUGUGGAUAGGAAAUCCUAUAGAACAUAGGAUAAUUAUUAUAAGCAGUGUAGGGCAUACUAUUAUAUAGUUUUAAAGUAAGAAAUAAUGCACAUGUA